UUGUAUACCUCUUGCCACACUCUGCUCUCCUCAUGACCUGGUGUGAACUUUGAGGUCUUAGUCUUGUCUGCCUCCCAGUGGACCACAUUUGCUUUGGUCCAUGGCCCCCUUCCUCCGGGGAUCUACCUGGACUCAAGUCCUCCUGGGAGGUUCUCUCUGGCUGUCUGUGCUCUGGGUACUGUUGUGCCCUGUCUGUUGCUCCCAGGGCCCACCCAAAUGGCGCUUCACUACCUCUGAAGUUGUGAUCCCCAGGAAGGUUCCCCAAAGAAUGGGUGGAAGUGAUAGGCCAGACCAGCUUGCCUAUAGCAUGCGCUUCAGAGGACAAAGACACGUGGUCCACAUGAAACUCAAGAAGAACAUGAUUCCUGAAAAUCUUCCUGUGUACACUACUAACGAUCAAGGAGCAGAGCAGGAGGACUACCCAUUUGUUCCUCGAGACUGUUACUUCUACAGCUACCUGGAAGGGGUCCCUGGGUCCCUCGCUACACUAGAUACCUGCAAUGGAGGUCUGAAUGGCAUGCUACAGGUGGAUGACUUCACUUAUGAAAUCAAACCAUUGGCAUCUUCUUCCAAAUUUGAGCAUGUUAUUUCUCUGCUUGUGGUAGAAGAAGGGUUUCGUAAGUCUAAAAAGUGUACCAAUGAAGAGAAUGUGGUGGAGGCAGAUGAAUUCCUUGAAGAGAUGCAGCUUGCUGGAAGUCCCAGAGCAGCUCCAGUGUAUUUGUGGCGUGUGCAUACGAAAUUAGUAAGAAUGUACUACACGAUAACUGUUGAAGUAACCAGAAAUAUCCAGAACUACACCGCCUCACUUGAGUUUAUACUGAUUAUGAACAACAUAGCAGACAGCAUUUAUAAAGAAGCUGGCUUACGUGUCUAUCCCUAUGUUAUAGAAAUUUGGGAAAGUCAUAAUGGACUGGAUAUAAACCAGUGGCAAAAUAAUCCUCAACAAAUUCUGUCAAACUUUGGCACAUUCAAAAUGAAUAGAUACAAAAAUAAGGGUAUGAGUCCCACCACUUAUGCUAUUUUAGCAGGAUUGCAAUAUGGAGGUGUAGAUUAUGCAGCCAUGCAGAAUCAAGCAUGCUCAAAAUCUAAAGGAGUAGUAUAUGUACAUGUUGUAAACAUGCAUAAAUUUCUGAGUACAGCUCUUUUGUGUCAUGCACUAGGUCACAGUCUGGGUUUACACCAUGAUACACCGGGCUGUGUUUGUUUCAGAAGAAGCAGUUGUGUCAUGAAUGAAUUUCCUGCUCUUAUGGAUAUGAUGAGCAAUUGUUCCCAGGCUGACUUACAUACUAUAGUAACUAAAGUCGACAAUUGCCUGAGUUUCCCUCGUACUCAAUUUUAUAGACAAGUAUAUGAAGUUCCUCGCUGUGGAGAUAACAAGGUGAAUUCCAAUGAGCAAUGUGACUGUGGCCCCUUGAAAGAGUGUAUCAAUAACAGCUGUUGUGCAACCAAUUGUCGCUUCACUUCGGGAAGCAGUUGUGAUGUAGGAGGUUGUUGUCAGCAAUGUUCAUUUGCACCCGCUGGAACUAUGUGCAGAGACAAACUUGGUAUUUGUGAUCUGCCAGAAUACUGUGAUGGAAACUCACAGAAUUGCCCCCAAAAUUUUUACAUCCAAGAUGGAACUCCCUGCUCACCACUAGCAGUUUGCAUGUCAGGAAAUUGCAGUGACCGUGAUUUGCAGUGUCAAGCUCUUUUUGGAUACCAAGUAAAGGAUGCAAAACCAGCAUGCUAUAAACAGUUAAAUAUGAAAGGUGACCGAUUUGGAAACUGUGGGUUGAAGGUGUUUCGAACAGGAACCAGAUUUCAUGCAUGUCAAGAUGACGAUAUUUUUUGUGGACUGCUGCAUUGUGAUGGUGUAAUUCGUGUACCUGGUGGAGGUGAGCACACUACAUUUCAUCACAUAAGGAUACAAGAUAUUCAAGAAGAACACUGCUUUGGGUAUGAUGUACACCAUGGAGCAGAUAUUCCAAGUAUGGGGCUUGUAGUGGAUGGUGCAACCUGUGGCCCAGGGAAAUACUGUAGAAGGCAAUCUUGUGUUUUUCAUCAAAACUUGAAUUUUACAUGCGACGUCACUGCCUGUAAUCACAGAGGGGUGUGUAACAACAGAGGCCAUUGUCACUGUGUGCGUGGUUGGCAGCCACCAAACUGUGAAGAAGAAGGUUCAGGUGGUAGUGCAGACAGUGGCCCUGUACCUACUUCUGAGGAAAUGCUUCAAGCCAAAAUUCGUGUGAAUAUAAACAAGAUACUAGUUGUUUUGUGUACUCGUAUGAUUCUUGUUUUGGCUUCACUUUUUUUUGGUGGAAUUUCAAAAGUAGUAAUUGUUCUGGACAGCAGACGGAAAGCUUAUCAGGCAUGAUCAUUGAUUUCAUCCCAUACUAACUGGAGCCACAUAAUGAACAAAAUCCUUGUCAAAUACUACAAGAAAUUGUUAAUGACUUCCCCUGACAGCCAUGUAACCAUUCACAAAUCCGAGGUUUUCAUCUUGAAAUAAAAUUACUGGGGAAUUAUA